GCUCGACUAACGCCUAGUUUCUUUUAGAACAUUGGUACAAAGAUAAGAAUUACUACUCUACGAAGAGGACCCGGCAAGGCAUAUGGAACCACAUUGAUCACACUUGCAUUAUGCAAGUUGCAUAAAAGAAGAGAUGACCGCCCACUCGGUUGGGCCCUCUCCUGCAUCACACAAGUGUUUUGGUCAAUUGGAUUUUACAUUUUAUAUUUUGUAUGGCGUGUUUGUAGCGUUUGUUUUCUGGGUUCCCAGUAUGUUUCCUUGAAAUUGCAAUCGGUGACUUCAAGUCUUACAGCUUGCUCACCAGCAAACACAAAGAAAAAACAAAGAAAGAGCUUGCUUGUGUUGUAUGUGUGUACCUCCUUCAAAACAUCUCUCUUGUUUCCUCCUGAAUAACUAAUGGAGUCAUUCUCCUUUAACGUUGUAGAGAGAGUGUUGGAAAGGCUUGCUUCCCAUGCUUACCAAGAAUUGUUUUUGGCAUUUGAUGUCAAAUAUGAGCUAAACAAACUUCGGGAAACCCUAUCAACCAUCGCAAAAGUUCUUCUCGAUGCGGAGGAAAAACAGCGGAAGGAUCACCUUCUCACUGAUUGGUUGGGAAAGCUGAAAGACGUUUGCUAUGAUAUAGACGACGUCCUCGAUGAAUUCGAGUUUCAAAAGUUGCGGAUGCAGGUGCUCAGCCUUGGGACUGGGAGUAACACCAUCAAAGGAAAGGUACGCAACUUCUUUUCACAUCGAAAUUCAUUCGUGUCAAGCUACAAAAUGGGCCAUAGAGUCAAGGAUAUUAGAGAAAGGUUAGGUGAGAUUGCAGCUGCAAAAGCUCAAUUCAAUCUCGCCGAACGAUCUGCAGAUUGGCAUGGCAUGCACAUGGAGAGGGAGACCCACUCUUUUGUGCACGCCCCAGAUGUUAUAGGGAGAGAGAGCGAAAAAAAAGAGAUUGUCGUCCAACUUUUUAAGGACACUCACACUGGCCCAGGUGAUGAGGAGAAUGUUUCUGUUAUUUCAAUUAAUGGAUUAGGAGGAUUGGGAAAGACUACGCUUGCUAAAUUGGUGUAUAAUGAUAACAUGGUAGUGACCAACUUUGAGUUAAGAAUAUGGGUUUCCGUCUCAGACGAUUUUGAUAGUAAAAGAUUGCUUCGCGAAAUUGUUACUGCGGCAACCAGCCAAAAAUGUGGUGACGAAAGUAUUGAACAGAUGCAAAUGAAGUUGCGACGUGCUUUGACUGGUAAAAAACUUUUGCUGGUGUUGGAUGAUGUCUGGGACAAGGGGCCAAUGGGAAUAACAGUCAAAAAAUGGAUUGAUUUAAAAUCGUUGUUAAAUGUUGCAGCUUGCGGGAGUAAAGUUAUUGUAACAACGCGCAAUGAAUCAGUAGCUUUGCUUAUGGGGUAUGCACACAUGCAUCUGUUGAAAGUUCUUCCCCUCUCAGAUUGCAUGACCAUAUUCAUAAAAGUGGCAUUUGCAAGAAGAGAAGAGCAAAACCAUCCGAACUUGAUGAAAAUAGGGGAAGAUAUUGUGAAGAAGUGUGGAGGGUUCCCCUUGCCUUGUACACCCUAGGUGGCCUACUCUGCUUGAACAAGGACGAACGUUAUUGGUCACGUGUAAGAGAUAGUGACAUAUGGAAAUUGGAACAAGGAAGCGACGGCAUUUUACCUGCACUCAUGUUAAGCUACGAUGCGUUGCCAGUUUACUUGAAACCUUGUUUUGCCUUUUGUUCACUGUUCCCCAAGGACUACAUAUUUCGAAGUUCAGAAUUGAUCCCGUUGUGGAUGGCUCAAGGCUUUGUUCAAUCCUCCAGAGGAUACCAAGAACCUGAAGAUAUCGGUCUGGACUACAUUAGGAAAUUAUGUUCUAGAUAUUUCUUCCAGAUUGAGGAAGAUAAUGUCCGUUUUGUACGGUUUAGAAUACACGAUCUAGUUCAUGAUUUAGCAAUCUCAACAGCACAGCUAGAAUACUCAUCUCUAAAUUUUCGUCCUGGUGAAUCUUCCACGAUGAUCCGGCAUGUGUCAAUAUCUCAAAAGGAAUUGUCCAAGGAUAAAGAAGAAGACCCCAAAUUCUUACUCCCUUUUGAGAAAUUGCGAACCAUUCUAAUUCCAGACUUGAAUAGUGAAUAUCUUCCUACAGAAGUUGGUGUCAACAAUCAAUCUUUUUUGAAGAGAUGCAUCUCAAUGUUCAACUGCCUCCGGGUUCUAGAUCUUAGUAACUUGACCCUCAAGGUACUGCCUAGUUCCAUCGGUAGCUUGAGUCACUUGAGAUACCUCGACCUGUCGUAUAAUCAGCGGAUAAAGAAGCUUCCUGAUUCCAUUUGCAAGCUGCAGCAUUUGCAGACCUUACUGCUUAUAAACUGUGGAAAAAUCAAGGAGUUACCUGAAAACAUGGGAAACCUGAUUAGCCUCAGGUACUUAGGUUUAACCAUAAACCAGCGCCAUUUGCCAGAAGUAAUUGGACGUCUCACCUCUCUUCGAACUUUAUACAUCACUGCGUGCAAAUAUCUUGUAUCCUUCGGGGAAGGGGUGCGAACCCUGCCUAAUCUUCGAACGUUGAUUAUAGUGAACUGUCAAAAUAUGAAGUCUCUGUCAUGUAAUAUGACUGCAUUGGAGAAUUUGGCUAUCUAUAAUUGUCGUGUUCUUGAUCUGAUGAGGUCGGGAGAAGGUAUCCGAGGUCUUCAAUCAUUGUGGAUUGUAGGUUCAAAUUUGUUGGAGUUGCCGCAUUGGCUUCAAGAGUCUGCAAACACUCUGAAAACGUUGCACUUGGGAUAUUGUACUUAUCUCGAGUUACUCCCGGAGUGGUUCGAGAACCUCACUUUUCUCCAACAAAUAAAGAUUAGAAACUGUUCCCAUCUGUCUGAUUUUCCAAAGGGCAUGCAUCGCCUCACGGCAUUGAGAGAGUUGGAGAUUUACAACUGUCCUCUAACCAGAAGAUGCAGACCGGAAGAAGGUGAGGAUUGGCACAAAAUCGCUAAUGUUCCGAAGAUUAUACUUAAUGGGCGUAUUAUCUCAUCGGCUGCUAACUAGAUCGCAUGGAUUGCAGAAAAAGGAUGGAGCAUUGUAGCCAUUUUUUGGAGUUUGGAAUAAGUGAGUGUGUGUAUAUGUACAAAGUGUGAUGCGAGGAUGUUUUUCCAACUUUUAUGUUUUUUUUUUCUGAAUUGUGGAUGCUAUAAUUUGGAUGAUUAAGAGAGUGUUUACAACUUAAUUA